CACGCUAACAAACACAUUCCAUCAAUUAAUCACUUUUCAGUGUAUGAAGAUCCCUCAGCACCCAGUGAAGAUAUAGCAUAUGAAGCUACCAAACAAUUGGCUCUACUAAAUCACCGUUUAAAUCUGCUGAGACUAGAGGAAGAGGCCCGACAAAUAAAAUUACCCAAUAUAACCUUCAAUUCCUUGAUAAGUCGUAUACCCUGCACCUGUGACAAGGGUGUGUGUAAAUGUUGUGCAGGUUUGUUAUCAGUUAUUGGCAUGAACUCCUGCACCGAGGUGGUCUAUCGUCCCGAAGAGUUCUCUUUUGAAUUAAGAAUGCGUGUUAAUAAUAAUGUUUGGUUUAAACGCAAAGUAUCGGGUCAGAAUCCUCCACCAUUUUGUUUUAGACCUCCCCGUUUUGGUUUCGCCCAGGCCUGUAUACAAUUUCAUGAUAUUUGGUUUAUUGGCCGUAAUAUGCAUGUUUGUAUGGGUAUGUCGGGCUCAUUCCAGGGCUUUGAAUUGUUUGAGAGAAAUUUUGAUUGCCUGUUAUUUGGCGAUAAGGGCAUUAAAAUUGUUAAACCUGAACAGGGUUAUCCAGUGCGCCCCACCGAUGUCGAAAUUGACGAGGGUGAUGAUGAUAUAGAAGACUAUGAUGAAAAUGUUGUGAGAAGGAAGCGUCAUUCAGUGAGAAGACUUUAAGAGGGGAGAAAAUACAACUAGUUUGGAGAAGAUCCGGGAAUUCUGAAUGUUAUUCAUAAAUUCUUAUUUAUUAGUAUUUAUUUAUUUAUUUAUUUAUUUAUUUAUUUAUUUAUUCAAUCAUCUUUGUUUUAAUUCGAUUUAUUCAUGCCAUUCUUCUAUUUUUUUUAAUAAUUUAAAUAAAUUUUAAUUAACAUUUUUAUCAUCAUCAAAGUGCAGUUGAUAUGAUAAGCAUAAA